AUCGUCCGAAGAUGGCGGCGUCUGUGUCUGCGCGCUGCCUGCGUCUCCGCGGUGGGCCUGCCCUCCUGCGGGCCGCUCGUGGGGCCGGUGUGUGUGAAGCGAAGCUCUGCUGCAGAUUUUAUCCUGGAAGUGCAUCUCUCCAAAAAGUUGAAGGAACAAAUGUAACAGGGAUUGAAGAAAUAGUCAUUCCAAAAAAGAAAACAUGGGAUAAAGUGGCUGUUCUUCAGGCACUUGCAUCCACAGUAAACAGGGACCCUACAGCUGUACCUUAUGUUUUUCAAGAUGAUCCUUACCUCAUACCAACCUCUGCUGUGGAGUCUCGUUCAUUUUUAUUGGCAAAGAAAUCCGGGGAAAAUGCAGCAAAAUUUAUUGUUAAUUCACAUCCCAAAUAUUUCCAAAAGGAUGUGGCUGAGCCUCAUAUACCGUGCUUAAUGCCUGAGUCCCUUGAACCUCAAAUUGAAGAGGUUAGUGAAGCUGCCCUGAAGGAACGAAUCAGACUCAGGAAAGUCAAGGCGUCUGUGGACCUCUUUGAUCAGCUCUUACAAGCAGGAACUACAGUCUCUCUUGAAACAACUAAUAGUCUCUUGGAUUUAUUGUGUUACUAUGGUGACCAAGAGCCCCCAGCUGACUGUGCUUUUCAACAAACUGAACAUGCAGAAAACUUGGAAGAGGCCACAGAGACAAAUAAUCAAACCUCCAAGAUGAAGACUAUUGCUUGGAAAGCACAAAACAAUGCUGAGAGAGUGUUUGCUCUGAUGGCAGAGAAGAAUGCACAUUCCUACUGUACAAUGAUCCAAGGGAUGGUGAAGCACCAAGCUUAUGCACAGGCACUGAACAUGUACACCGAGUUAUUAAAUAACAGACUUCGUGCUGAUGUAUACACCUUCAAUGCAUUGAUUGAAGCUAAAAUGUUCAUAGCCAAUGAGAAAUUUGAAGAAAAAUGGAAUAAUAUACUGGAUCUGCUGAAACAUAUGGUUGCACAGGAGGUCAAACCAAACCUGCAAACCUUUCAUGCUGUGCUCAAGUGUCUCCGGAGGUUUUAUAUGUUGGGAAGGUUGCCAGCUUUACAGACAUUACGGGAAAUGAAAUACCUUGGAAUAGAACCCUCGCUUGCAACAUACCACCAUAUUAUUUCUCUCUUUUAUCAUCGAGGCAGUUCUAUGAAAGCACCAUCCCUCAUCAUCUAUGACAUCAUGAAUGAGUUAGAGGGAAGGAAAUUCUCUCCACGGGACCUGGAUGAUGAUAAAUUUUUUGCGUUGGCCAUGAAUGUGUGUUCAUCUCUCAGAGAUUUAGGGCUUGCUUACCAAAUUCAUCGUCUUUUAAACACGGGAGACAACCGGAAACUGAUUGGAGGUGAUCUUCAACGUAAUUUUUAUUAUUCCAAGUUUUUCGGUUUGAUUUGUUCAAUGGAACAAAUUGAUGUCACUUUGAAGUGGUACAAGGACCUAAUACCUUCAAUGUUCUUUCCCCACUCCCAAGCAUUGAUAGAUCUUCUCCAAGCAUUGGAUGUGUCCAAUAGGCUAGAAAUGGUUCCUCAAAUUUGGAAAGAUAGUAAAGAAUAUGGCCAUACUUUCCGAGCUAACCUAAGAGAAGAAAUCUUGAUGCUCAUGGCCAGGGAUAAACACCCAGCAGAGCUUCAGGUGGCAUUUGCUGACUGUGCUGCUGAUAUCAAGUCCACAUAUGAAAGCCAAGAUGCCUGGCAGACUGCUCAUGAUUGGCCAGCCAACACUCUACAGUGUAUAGCUGUCCUUUUUUUAAGAGGUGGCAGAACCCAGGAAGCAUGGAAAAUGUUGGCACUUUUCAAGAAGCAUAAUAAGAUCCCCGGAGAUAAACUGCUGGAGGAGUUUAUGGACACUGCAAAAGCAUCUGACAGCCCUGACUCAGCCAUUGAGGUUGUGAAGCUGGCAAGUGCCUUCAGCUUACCUGUUUGUGAGACCCUUGCCCAAAGAGUAAUGAUGGAUUUCACAGUCAACCCAGAACAAAAAGAAACCCUGGAAACCCUGGGUAAGCUCACUGUAUCAAACAGCAGUAGCGAUGAAGACAGCAGCAGUGACAGUGACAUCGGUGAAGACAGAGGAAAGUGAGCGGUGGCCCACAUAGCUGCUGGGAUGCCGAGGUGCAGGGAUAAGCAGAUACUGGGCUGGGUUUGCAGUGCUAGCUCAGUGCUGCAGGACUGGUUUAACCCACCAUCUCCAGUGUGUGGUCAGUGGCUCUUGGAGAAUAAAUCCCACACAGUGCAGUGUCUGCAGACUUCCAUUUUCACUAAUCAUCAUGUUAGAGCUCGUUGGACUUUGCUGCCCGCCUGCUCUGUGAUGUGCUAGCUGAUACUGUGGCCUAGAGAUAAGAAUUUAAAAUGGUUUUCGUGCAGGUACACAAUUGCUGUUGAAUUGAUUGUAUCCCAGUUUGGGAAGUACUUAAUGUGAAUAACUAUCUUAGAACUAAUUAUCAGAAGCAAGUUACCAGUUUUAAGCUGCAUAACUGGUAAAAUGAUUAAAUAAA